AUGGCUGCCCUUCCAAUCAUCGACCUCAGCACAAUCUCAGAAGCGCAACCGACCUCUGAGCUUAUACGCGUUGGCAAUGACCCCGGCUUCUUCUACAUCACGGGCCACGGCAUAGUUCCAGCGCCUGCCUUUGAGUUGGCAAGGGAGGUUUUCAAAGUUCCAAGAGCUGACAAGAUAAGAUACCGCAAUCGCAGCAGUGACUUGGUAUGA